CUUUAUUUUCGCCUCAGAUAGUAUUCGGCUGUGUUGUCCAUGGCCGUCCUCAGACGAGGCUCAGGCCUUGUUCGUACGAUUAUCAGAGCGCCGUCGUUCCCAUGACUUCGUUCAUCGGUUGUACAUCUUCCUGUAUCCGUCGUCUUUGACCUCGAAUCGCAUUGUUCUCAUGUCUCUGUCUCCCCUUCGAUUGCUCACUUGCUCAGCCAAUCGGGCCCUAGUUCCCAGUAUUUGACGCAGCUCCAAAAGGACUGGGAGCGCCAUCGUGUUAAGAUGGGUGUUGAGGCCCUGCGCAAGGAGAUGGGCGAGCGUGAGCGGGAACGUGAGCUUGAAGAUGGCAUGGCGAGCGAAGCUAAUGCAAGCUUUAACGCAUCUUCAGAAACAUUUGCCGGCCAGCAUAGCAUCGACAACUUGUUCGAUCGUUCGCACUCACAAUCUGAAUGGGAACCAGCCAAAGCACCCCAAGUUCUAGGGGAGCUUCUAGAUUCUCGUCAUAUGCUGCCUCUUUUCCUUCCGUCAGACCCUCGUGUGCUUUCUGCCACGCCCGAAAAACGAGUGGUCAGCGGAUACUGUGAACGAGCAGGUGCGCGAACCGCGGCCCACGCUCGGAACGCCAGUCAAGCAAGCACUCUCGAUGGAGGGGCAAUGAAGUGGAGAUGUCGCAGUCGAAGGGUGCGAAAUGUCGAUUUCGAAACACUGCAGUGGGUCGACAGGUUCAGGACUAAACCGCAGACAUUCCAACAGCCCGUGCUUGGAGAAGAGUACGAAGAGGCCUACCCAUCUACACCACUAUCCGAUGGUAUAGAUGACUUGCGCAUCAACACUGAUGUUCCCCACACCGUAUUGCACGGCACCCCACUUACCAAGAGACCAUCAGCCCGUAGCAGAGGGCGUCUCAGUCUUAUUGGGGACCCUGUCAUACCAAUUACUUUAUGAAUCGUCGGACUCAUCUGUUCAUCGAUCUGUCAUUGCUUUACCUUGAUAUUGCACUAGUAUUGGACUUUCGUAUAUUACGCAUCUAUUGUGUUACCGUUUUAACAAUCCGUCGACCACAAGUUGACGAUAAGGGAGACUAUAGGAACUUC